AUGUUUUACAAAGACUUAUACUCUGCGACGUAUUCCGGUGUGCCAGUGUAUGAAUUAGUUCAUCCGAGGUGUUCUGUGAUGCGGAGAAAGAAUGAUGACUGGGUGAAUGCAACACAUAUACUUAAAGUUGCCAACUUUCCGAAAGCAAAGAGAACAAGAAUCUUGGAGAGAGAUGUCCAAACAGGAGUGCACGAAAAGGUUCAGGGUGGAUACGGUAAAUACCAGGGAACAUGGGUUCCUAUGAAUAGGGCAGUUCAAUUAGCCAAACAAUAUGGUGUGUUUACAGAUUUGCAGCCGAUAUUAGAAUUUGAUUCUUCAAAAAGUGACUGGGAUCCACCUCCGGCACCAAAGCAUCAUCAUGCAUCCAGUAAAAAUUCUCGAAAAGCAACAUUGGCUCGCCGUUCAGCUACAAUGCCAGCAGUAGCGUCCAAAGCGCUUCGAUCAGGAGAAAAGUUGGAUACGUCAAUUACAGUGAAAAGAGCUUACAGUACAAUAAGUGAUAGCAGACAUACAAGAGGCCGGAAAAGGACACUAAAGGCUCCAAGCAGGAAGCGGAGUGGUCUUUAUCGUUCUCAGAGUAGUUUGGGUGCACGUACUGUAUCCUCAGGGCAGUCUUUACGAAACAAUAACACACACUCUAUGAAUACUAAAGCGCCAACCGCGACUCCCAAGACAAUACCGUCAGACUCAGAUUCAUUUUCCCUUGAGAGUGAGUCAGAUGAAAAUUCGGCUGGACCAAACCGUCUUCCAAGUAUACAACAGGUUCGAAAUCCCUCGGAUACUUCCUCUCAGGUGAACUUUUUGAGUGAUGCUGACAUCGAUAAGGCCCUUGCUGCACAGAGGCGCUCACCUUCUUCACGAUUAUUAAAGCAGCAACAGGCUCAAUCUGGAAUCGAUGAUGUGAUCAUGGGAAGUAACAGGGACGAAGAUAAAAAAAUGUAUACCCAGAAGCUUUUGGAAUACUUCCUUUCAUCUGAGGAUGAUAGCAAUACCCCAAUACCACCAUUUAUUAAAGACAAGUUCAACAGUGAGAUUGACCUCAAUCAGCAGAUAGACAAUGAUGGGAACACGGUAUUCCACUGGGCAUGUGCAAUGGGAGAUUUGCUGAUGUGUCAAGCAUUAAUGAAUCGUGGCACCAAUUCUAGAUCUUUGAAUAAUAAAGGGGAAGUUCCGAUUAUGAGGUCGGUUAUGUACACAAAUUCAUACAACAGGAGAACUUUUGCAAAAAUUCUCGACUUACUGCGGGAUUCAUUGCUAGACACAGAUGUUCACGGAAGAACGAUUUUACACCAUAUUGCACUUUCAACAAGUUUUCACAGUAUUAUUCCAGCAGCCAGAUAUUACACUGAAAUACUUCUUACGAAAGUUGCCGAAACUGUGCAGCCAAUGGAGAGGAUCAUCAAUUUCAUCAAUCAACAAGAUAGUGAUGGCAACACUGCAUUACACAUCAUGAGUUAUAAUGGUGCACAGAAAUGUAUACGAAUCUUGUUGGGAUACAACGCUCGGAUUGAUAUUCCAAAUUCCAGAAACGAAUACGUCAGUGAUUUCCUGUAUAGCAAUAAUGUGCUGGGAGCUGAUACCGGGAAUUAUGGUGGAUCGCAGCCUCUACAAAGUUUGAAUGGAAUGAAUUCAGCAGUUGACUCUUUAGGUAGAAUGCACGUUUUUAACCCUUCUUUCGGUUAUCAAAAAUCGGUAAUUCAGGCCGGCAAACCCAUUAAUACUCCGUCUUUUACCAGUAACAGCACCCAACCGUCACAACUGAAUACACCGGGAGGUAUGGCUGCAUCAACAAGUAUUCUCACCACUCCACACUACUCGGAAGCCGCCAUGCAGAUUAGCCAACGAUCGGAAGAGAUAGUGGAUAAGAUUGCACAGUUAGCAGGAUCAUUUGAUGCAGAGGUUCAACAAAAGGAGAGUGACGUGAAAGAACUAAAAGUUCUUUUGAUUCAAUUGGACCAGGAUAUCGAUACGAUAAACAAAAAUUUAUCAGAUGUAUAUAAGAAAGUGAUGGGUAACGAUAUUCGCACUAGGAGCCAGGAUAAUAUAAUUAAUAUUAAUGCUGUGGAAAAAAGGGUCAAAAAGCUUAAAGCAGAGCAUGUGGUAAAGGUGGAGCACUUGCAGCGUCUUAUGGAAAGAUCACAGGCUAAGGAUCUUGCAAUAACAGUUCAGAAAACCGAAAGCGAAGAUCUAGCAGUCGCUGAUGAAGGAACAGAGGAUAAAAAACCUCUUCAUUUGAAGUUACUUGACAAGGAAACGCUGGAACUACUUUUGGAACUAGCAAAACUUCAAAUAAUACGAAAAAAGAGGGUGCAUGGCUUGGUGUUAUCUUACGCUGAUACUUCGAAAAACAACAAGACUAUAGACAGUUACCGAAGAUUAGUUUCAAGAUUAUCGAGAGUUCCUCUUGAGGAGGUUGACGGUAGUUUGAAUGAGAUAGAACAAUGUCUCAAAGAUGAUGCCACUGAUCACAGUUAG